GGACCAGUCACGUCAUCGCAAGCUGCGUUGACAUCUUGUCGAACAGGGAGGCGAUUUAAGAGGUUUGGUUUCGCUAUGCUUGCAGCCGGAUUAAGUUGAAGUGAAGUCCAGGCUGGGCUCUAGUUGUGGUUCAUAUGGCCGAUACCGUCCAAGCGCGUCGCAAAUGGUGGCGCAUCCAAUGGUUCGCAGACCAGGACUCGCCCGAGGAGCGCAGGCUGAUUCUGAAAUUGGAUCUGUUGAUCGUGCCGUAUGCUUUUUUGGCGUAUUGGACGAAGUAUAUUGAUCAGUCGAAUAUUAAUAAUGCCUACGUCUCCGGCCUGCAAGAAGACCUCGGACUCCAUGGCAACGAGCUCGUCCAUCUGCAGACCAUGUAUACGGUCGGCGCGGUGGUCGGCCAGAUCCCGUUUGCGUAUCUGUUCACCAAGGUCCCGAUGUCGUGGCUCAUCCCGUUCUUGGAUAUCUGCUGGGGGGUGUUUACGCUGCUGCAGUAUCGCGUGAAUGGGUAUGCCGAGUUGAUGGCGUAUCGGUUUCUGGUGGGCUGGUUUGAGGCUGCAUUCUUCCCCGGAAUGCACUACAUAUUCGGCGCCUGGUAUCGCGGCGACGAAAUCGCCCGCCGCGGCGGCUGCUUCUACGUCGGCCUCACGCUCGGCACCCUCACAGCCAGCCUCAUCCAAGCAGGGACCUCCGCGCGCCUCGACGGCGUCCACGGCCUCGCCGGCUGGCGCUGGAUGUACAUCAUCUGCGCGCUCAUCACCAUCCCCAUCGGCAUCCUCGGCUACUUCAUCCUGCCCGGUACACCCAGCAAACCCAACCGCAUCGUGCUGUCUGACACCGACCUCGCCAUCUCCAAACACCGCCUCCUCCGCGCCGGCCACACCCAGCCCUCCAACACCACCUCAACAACCACCUUCACCACAUCCACCAUCCCCUCGGUCCUCCGCAACUGGCGCUUCUGGGCCCUCCUCGCCCUCGACAUCUUCUUCUGGAACGCCUGCCUAAACACCAACGCGGGCGGCUACCUCCUAUGGCUGAAAUCCCUCAACCGCUUCUCCACCCCCCGUCUGAACACCCUCGCCGCGAUAUCCCCCGCCCUCGGCAUCUUCUACACCCUCGCCGUCUGCUUUCUGUCCGACCUGGCGCUGGGCCCGGCAUGGGCCAUCACCCUGUCACACGCCUGGAACGCCCUCGGCCUCCUCAUCCUCGUGAGCUGGGACGUGCCGGAGUCGGCGCUGUGGUUCGCGUUCUUGACGACGUAUGCGGCCGUCGCGAUGUCGAGUGUGCUGUAUGGUUGGGUGAAUAGUUUGCUGAGGUAUUCGGAUGCAGAGAGGGCUGUUGUGUUGGUUGCGGUUAAUACGGUGGCGCAGUCGACGACGGCGUGGACGCCCUUGUUGGUGUUUAAGACGGUUGAGGCGCCGCGGUUCGUCAAGGGGUAUGCGUUUGUGUUGGCGAAUGCGGUUUGUUUGGUGGGGGUUGCGCAUGGGAUUAUGUUUUGGGUUAGGAGACAAUCUAAGAUGGAGGAGGCUGGUGUCAGCGAGGGAGAGGCAGAUGAGAGAGGAGAGGCUGUGGUGCAUGUUGCGCAUUCUCAGGGUGGGAAAGAGUAG